GAUUUCUCGAAAAGUUAGGAAAUGGUUAAUGCCAAGUGUCUUAUAUGUUUUUGUACUCAACAAUCUAAAUUAGGAAAAGGACGGAAGUUCUACAAAAUACCAGAGUACACUAAAUGUGAUAGGUUUUCUGAUGGUGACAAAGUUCUCAUUGAAAAAAGAAGAAGACUUUGGAUGCAACUUGUAGAAAAAAACUUACAUGGAAGAAGUUGCAACUAUUUUGUGUGUUCACAUCACUUUGUCUCAGGUAAACCUGCAUAUUUGUAUUCAACGAAUGACAUUGAUUGGGUUCCAACGAUCAAUUUAGGCUCCCUUGGACAAGAUACCCAGUUGUUGUCCCUACCUACAGAUGAUUCUUUGGUAAAUGCUAAUGCAUCAGUGCAACAUGAAUGUGAAACACAACAGGAAAACACUUCAGGAACUCUAGUGUUUUAUAAUACAAAUCACGGUCCUCUUCAACUAAAGAAAGCACUAAUUGAGACAACUGAAACUUGA